AUGUGGUGCAAAUCGUAUUUGUUAUUGAUAGGUAUAAUUCUGCAUACAAGUGCCGCCCAAUCGAUAUGGUUUUGCCAAGACGACUCCGAAUGUUCUAGUAUCCAGUCUGGCAUGGUCUGCCGGUCUGGCAGCUGCGUUUGUUCAGCAGGAUAUGACAUUGUACAAGGCAGCUCAUGCGCACCUGCGGCGCCCUACCACGUGUCACCGUGUGUGGAAACUUCGCAGUGCCGUGCUUUGAUCGUGAACUUCGAAUGUCGUAAGACCGGCGACAGUAAUGUUGGGGAAUGCCACUGUCAGGAAGGCAGCCAUUACUUUUUGGGUAGAUGCUGGAAAUCAAUGGGUAUGGGUGAACAAUGUACGCGGAAUGAAGAGUGUAUGGGAACAUUGAGAGAUCCCUAUAAUAUGGCUUGUAUUGACGGUGUAUGCGGUUGCGCUAACGGUUUCUAUGAGAGGCAGCGGGGAGAGUGCAGGGCGGGUAGCUUCAAUAUUGGUGACGACUGUAUUUUGCAUGAAGAUUGUAGAUUUGGAAAUGGUUAUUGCGAUGCAACGACAUUGAAGUGUGUAGACUCGACUGCAUUAACUCCAGCACCUGUCGACGAUAAUGGACUUCUGAUGAAGGGAGCGGCGUUUAAACCAGAAGUUACUGAAGGCAACAACUCCAGUUUAAGUAUGACCUCGGUAGCAAGGAACCAUGGUAGAGCCUGCAGCUCAUCGCAAGAUUGUCCCAAUAUGUUUGAAUGUACCGCUUACGGGUAUUGUGCCUGUCCACGAGGGUAUUAUGCUAAUGCCGCCGGCACUUCGUGUUUAGCUGAACUGGGAUCUCCAUCAACAAAUAACCAAUGUUCAGGGUUUAUAGCUGCAGUCCAAGACGGAAUCUGCCGGUGUCCAAAGAACUUCUAUUAUAAUGAAAAUAUGAGGGAUUGUGUCAAAGCUACACGUCGUUUCACUGACGCUUGUGUUAAUGACGAAAUGUGUCAUACAUUCGGUGCAUCAGCGCGCUGCGGGGAACCUGGACAGUUUGAAUUGAGGUCUUGCGAGUGUAUCCCUGAAGAGGCUGUCUGGGAUGCUAACAGACAAAUCUGUAGAUUAUUUGCUGGUAUUGGGGAAUAUUGUGAGGUGAACAGCGACUGCUUAGCUGGUAACAUGGAGAUCCUCUGUGUACAUGAAAAUAGUGAUGAAAGUGGAGAGACUGGUGAUGUAGCUGGUGGUGUAUGCUCCUGUCCUGACGGAUUCUCUAACGUCGGUGGACUGUGUCUUACUACUGGAUUAUCUCUUGGCGACGCAUGCCAAGCGUCUAUUGAGUGUGUAGAUACUGUACAUGCGGAUUGUAUAGAAGGAUUCUGCUCAUGUCGUGAAGGAUUUCAGGCCGUAGAUGGAACAUGCGCACCACUUAUUGGCAGCAUCUGUAAUAGUGACUAUGAAUGUGUCACAGGACACUCAUUUUGCAAUCUAGACAGCCACACAUGUGAAUGCGCGCAAGGGUACGUGGGAUAUGAUUACGUAUGCUGGCCACACCUGAUACAUCCCAGCGCACCAUGCAGAGUCACAGCGCAAUGUACCGUUACCACAGGAGCUGCCAGCUCUUGCGAAGAAGGAAGAUGCGUUUGCUUUGAAGGGUACCAUCUACGGGACGGGCACUGUUGGCCCAAGACUGGUUUAUUCGAGCCGUGUUCGCGAAGUAGCGAGUGUUUCUUAGCAAAUAUUACAGACAGAGUACAAUGCAGAAAUAGUCUGUGCCAGUGUUCAUUUGAAUUUCCUUAUUCUGAAGAAUUAGGGACGUGCAUGUCAUCAGCUACGACUUCAGUUGGAAGUCUCUUCAUGACCGUUUUAGCUUUAAUCUAUGUUAAAUUAAAUUAUUAA